UACUAUAUAUUUUUUUACUAGGCUCAUAAUUAAAAAAUAGAAUGUCACUAAAGACAUUGCCAAUUCUUUUUCUAAAUCUUGGUGGAGAAAUGGUUUAUAUUCUUGAUCAGCGCUUGCGUGCACAGAAUGUUUCAGAGGAAAAGUCUAAUAAAGUUCUUUAUGACAUUUUGAACUCCAUGUUGAACACAAAGUUUAUGGAAGAACUUUUUAAGCCUCAAGAUGCUUACUCCAGGAAAGCAAUGCGUACUGUUUUUGAUCGUGUAGCCCAUACUUCUAUUAUGCGUUUAAAUUCUGCUAGUAUGGAUAAGCUUUAUGAUCUCAUGACCAUGGCCUUUAAGUAUCAAAUCACUUUAUGUAAGUAUCCUUUUGAAGUAUUAAUGAUAACUCUAAAUCACCUGGAUGCAAUUCGAAAUUUUGCAAAAGGCAGUAAAGAAACUCUUGAGCUCGUUGAUAAUGUCUACAAAUUGUUAAUAGAGAAUUACAGCAAUAUGUCAUUUGGUCAGUUACAAAUAAUGCGUCAAACUUUGAUGUUAUUCCUUCAAGAUUUAAAUAUCAAGGUAUCAAUUUUUCUUAAAGAAAAAUCGCAACUAACAAAUGGACGCUUUAUACUACCUUGUGGUGGUCAACUUCCUUGGGGAACAGAUGUUCCCGGUACUAUAAGAUUGUUUAAUGAGAGUGGCGAGCCAGAAAGUACAAAAACCUUUGAUGCAAAAUUCAAAUACAAUUUAGCAAACAAAAUGGGAUCUGUUGAGCUAUUAGGUGAUAGAAUGACAAAUCUUGGUCGAAAUAUGUAUUUAUCUCAAAGUGUUGAAACAAGUAUUGAAAAAGUUAUGACUAAAAAAAGACCUGUUCUAACUGAGUCUGAAAGUCUUUCUAAUCCUAACCAAUUAGCAAAAGAAGAGUUAAAGCUUUUAGAAUACCUUAUCAGUGGAAAAAACAAGCAAGAUCAGCCUCAAUUCCGUUUAAAUCUGUUUGAAACAGACGAAGAUGAGUUGGCUGCUGAGAAAGAGUAUUCAAAAGAAUACCAUAAAGAAAUAUUGUUUGAUGCCACUAAUCGUAAACAAGACAGUGCGAUCACUCAACUUAUAGAUGAUUUUUCCAUACAAAGUUUGCAAUCAGCGCCAAAGGGAGACGAUUUAUUAGAACUUAUGGACUCAGCAUAGUUUAUAGCCUUGUCUUGUUUUUAAUUUGAUAUUAAUUAGAAUUUUAAUGUAAUUUAUUUAUAUGUACUUAUUUAUUAAAAAAUAUUUAUUUCUC